CUCCAAGCAGCAAGCUUUGCCGGGCCAGGGAUUUUUAACGCACGCGCAUCAUAUCCGAGCCCAGCCCCUCUAGUGUAUCUGGCUUCUUGCGUCCUCUUGCUGCUGCUCUCGUGCCCCACCAGGAGCUCUUGUUCACCCGCGCGGCGUGUGGCACCUGUUAGUAACAUCUAGCUGUGUGCUCUCUUCUUCAGCCCGUGCAACAGCAAACGACAUCAUUCGCAUCAUCAACGCCUGAUUGCCCUUCGCCCCAAGACCCGGCCCUCUCGACUCUGCUAGGCCCAAGCCCUCACCAAGCCGCAGCCGACCUCCCAACCCUCUCGAGACAUCACCCCUCACUGCCCUCUUGUUUCGCGCUGUAUCUCGUCACCCCGGCUGCCUGUGCCACCUCUGAUCCCUGCUAUCGCUGCCAACCAAAAUGGUCGACAGUGAAGCGAACUCACCAACUUGGAAGUUUACCCAAUGCUUCGGCGACAAGGGCGAUGUUGAGGAUAUCACUGAAGCCGAUAUAAUCUCAACGGUAGAAUUUGAUCACACGGGAAAUUACCUUGCCACUGGUGACAAAGGAGGGCGGGUGGUUCUAUUUGAACGGAACGAGACGAAAAAAUCCUGCGAAUACAAAUUCCACACCGAGUUUCAGUCCCAUGAGCCCGAGUUUGACUACUUGAAGUCUCUCGAAAUCGAGGAAAAGAUAAACAAGAUCAAGUGGUGCCGUCGACAAAAUGCUUCUCAUUAUCUCCUAUCCACCAAUGAUAAGACGAUCAAGCUGUGGAAAGUUUUCGAAAAGUCUCUUAAAGUGGUGGCUGAGAACAACCUUUCCCAUGAUAUAACACCCGGAGGUGCGGUAGGCGGUGGCGGCGGCGGCCUUCGAGCUCUCCCUACAACCCAGCAAUUCAGGAACGCGGCGGAUCUGAAGCUGCCUCGCCUUACGCACCAUGACACCGUUGUUGCCGCCGUCCCCAGACGAACUUAUGCGAACGCUCACGCAUAUCACAUCAACAGCAUAUCGGUAAACAGCGAUGGUGAAACCUUCAUCAGCAGUGACGAUCUGCGUAUCAACCUCUGGAAUCUCAAUAUUCAGGACCAGAGCUUCAACAUAGUCGAUAUCAAACCCGCCAACAUGGAGGAGCUCACCGAGGUUAUUACUGCUGCGGAGUUUCACCCAAUCAGCUGCAACUGGUUCAUGUAUGCCAGCUCAAAGGGCACAAUCAAACUUGCUGAUAUGCGAGAAAGUGCUUUGUGCGACCAGCAUGCAAAAUUAUUCGAGCAAGAGGAAGAUCCUUCAUCAAGGUCAUUCUUUUCUGAGAUCAUUUCGUCAAUAUCCGAUGUAAGAUUCUCUUAUGACGGAAGAUAUGUCUUGUCACGAGACUACCUUACUGUCAAAAUCUGGGACAUCAACAUGGAGCGGCAACCCGUCAAGACGAUACCUAUUCACGAACAUCUGCGACCUCGGUUAUGUGACACGUAUGAAAAUGAUAGUAUUUUUGAUAAGUUCGAGGUUGUAUUUUCCGGCGACGCCAAGAAUGUGAUGACUGGAAGUUACAACAACAACUUCAUGAUUUAUCCCUCCGAUCCGGAUAAGGAAGUUGAGGUGGUUCUUCAGGCGGACAAGUCAGCUUUCAAAGCAAAGAAGGUGGGCGUUCCUACACCCAUUAACUCAUCUACAAGCCCAACAGCUGCGAAUGGUGGCAAGAAGGGAGGUUCACGGGCAGGCAGCCCGGCUGGUGGUGCGCAAGGCCAAAGAAUGCGGAAAGAGACGGACGCGGACCAGAUCGAUUUCAACAAGAAAAUACUACACAUGAGUUGGCAUCCAUUUGAGGAUAGUAUUGCCAUAGCCGCGACCAAUAAUCUCUUUGUAUUUUCAGCACUGUAGUUAAAGGUAGAAAUCUUGGAACACUGGAGAGCACACCUAAACCAAAUAGCAACUCAAGGGUUGUAUAUGAUAGUCAAUACUAAGGAAUAGUGAAAGAGUCAAUCAAAGUCCUAAUUAUAUUUGGGCAAGAAAAGCCAGAGGAUUAUAAAUAUAGUAUAACCUUGAAAUAAGACAUACUAUUAUUAGUUGAUACCAGAGAAGAAAAAAAAAAUACAAAAGAUAUUGCCACUUAUGAGAUUUCCUAUUCCAAGAGGAAAAGGAG